UUUAUCUGUGCUUUUUAUUUUUCUGAUUCAUUCCUGAAUUCAGUAGGUAGUGCUAUUGGCUUGAUCGCCUAUAUUGAAAAAAGAAAUAGUGGUUUUUAUGGCGUUGUGAAUUAUUCUAAAUAAAAUAAGUGAAAUGUAGUGCCUUAUUGGAUUUAUCAAGAAUAGUGUACAGUGAUGUACGUAGUGAUGUUAUAGAAUGUGAAGAUGAUCUCAUUGGCGUGCUGACAUUAGUUACGUUCUUUUCGGCGAUAUCUUGAUUUAACUGUAGUAAUCUUAGUCCAAUGACCUUCUGAAUAAUAUAGAAAAAUAAUUCAAAUUGGGAAAAAAUGAAGAAACAAUUUUACAGAGUGAAGCAACUAGCUGACCAAACAUUUUCAAGGUCUGGCAAGGGUGAAACUCUACCAGACGAAUUACUAACAGCUGAUAAAAAGGUGGAACAUCUAAGAAAUGCAUUACAAUUGGUUAGCAAAAGGCUUGCAACUGGUGCUGGUAACACACAGGGUCAAGACCCAGCUGCUAGAGAGAAGAGGUUGAAGAAAUUACCAGAAUAUUUAUUAGGCCUAUCUAUGUUAGAAGCUAGUAACUAUGAUGAUGAUGAUAGCAUCCUAAAAUUUAUUUUGCAUGAAUGUGGUAAAACAGAAAAAUUUCUAGCAAAUGAAAUAGCAGAGCAUGAAUUAAAAGUUGAGCAGCUUGUGUGUGCCCCGCUUACGGCUAUAAGCGAUACAGACCUACCCGCUAUAAUGAAAGCUAAGAAACAACUUAACAGAUUGAUGAGUGAAAAGGAAUCAGCCUUAAGUCGAUAUAAUCAUUUGGAACGACAGAAAGAGGAGAAUCCGUCAAAAUUUAUAGCAGCUAGAGAAGAGCUUGAAGAAGCGGGGAACAAAGUGGAAUCAGCUCGGGAUGCUCUCGCGGCGGACAUGUUUGCCCUCGUCGCUAAAGAGGCACAACUAGCACAUACAUUAUUGCAAUAUGUUAAGCUGCAAAGAGCCUACCAUGAGUCGGCGUUGCAUUCGCUGCAAGACACAGUCCCAGAGCUUGAGAGGUUUAUAAAUGACAGUUCAGUGAAACCAGUGUUUGGCUAUCCGUUGGAAGAGCACUUGCGGGUGACGUCACGAACGAUAGCAUUCCCCAUAGAAAUAUGUGUGUGCACGUUACACGAGCUCGCUUUGAAUGAGGAAGGAUUGUUUCGAAUUGCUGGAGGUACAUCGAAAGUUAGAAGAUUGAAGUUAUCGCUGGAUGCGGGGCUCUUUAACGUACCGUUACCGCAGGACUACAAAGACAUGCACGUAGUUGCGUCAGUUCUUAAGUGUUAUCUACGGGAAUUACCCGAACCCUUGCUGACCUAUCGACUUUACGAAAACUUCAUUCUCGCCUCGCGACAACCCACAGAACAAGCGAGGCUCAAUUCUCUCUGGGAAGCUAUACACUUACUACCCGAUGCUAAUUUCCAAAACCUUAGGUAUCUUAUAAAAUUUUUGUCUGCCUUGACACAAAAUCAAAGCACAAACAAAAUGACGCCAUCGAAUUUGGCGAUUGUUAUCGCACCGAACCUUCUAUGGGCCGCAGAUGAGAGCACUUUCGACAUGAACAUAACUACAGCGGUAAAUUGUGUCGUCGAGUUACUCAUCAAGCACGCCGACUGGUUUUUCAAGGAUGAGCUCAACUUCUUCAUAUCUUUCACUAAAGAGGACUUGCUUCCUGGUGAAGGCGACUAUGGGUUUAUUCCCAACUUCGUACAAGGAUAUAACCAAACUGUCGUACUUAAUCAGGAACAGUCUAACGGAGACUACAAUAGCAUGAGCAAGUCGCUCUACGACUACAACAAUCAAGUAUCACAAAAAUCUACCGUCGACGGCCCCGGCCGCCACUCUCGAAGCAACAGCCACGAUACUAGUUUAAUAUUGUUAGAAAACGAUAUGAAAAAAGCACAAUCGAACAGCUCGCUGUCCGAUCAAUCUAGUCCACCCCACGGGAGCCCGAAACCGAUAUUAAGGCGAAAAAAUAAACCUCUGGCGCCGGUUCCCCCUAACUUUACUCCCGAUAAGAACAAAAAAGUCGAAGCACAAACUCAAGUCAACGAGCCCGCGAAGGAGCAAACUAACGUCACAAAAGAUAACGAAAAGCCGGCGAAACCGCCGCGGCCGGUGAUCUCCGACACGGGGAAAGUGAUCACAGGAGUGCAAACAAUCAACAGAUCGACAUACAGACAGAACAAAGCUCUCAAAGAGGAAGCCAACCGGAGCAGCAGCCGGGAGAACCUGACCGACACCCGGCGGCAGAGCCUCGAGUUCGACAAGGAUAAAUUCGAUUUUAAAACUAUCGAUAAGAACGACAAAGAAUCGACGCUCGUCGUCAAAAACGUGACGGCGCAGACCGGGGUUGUCGGCAGAAUGAAAAUAAUAGGGGAUACGAUCAGCGGGCCGGCGUCGCUCGGCGCCGAGAGGCCUGCGGAUAAACCGGGCAGGAUACAGAUCCCGAAGCCGAGCGGGCAGCCGCCGCCCCGGCCCGUGGCCGCGCCGCGCACCAUCGUGCCCGCCGCCAGCACCGCCAGCACCGCCACGGAGCCCGACGGCGAGGUGCAGCUGCGCCACAAGCCCGCCGUGCCCGAGCGGCCCGCCACGCUGCGCCCGCAGAGCUUCCGCGGCCAGCGCGCCUCGCUCACCGACGCCGCCGAGGCGCCCACCGUGCUCGAGCGCACGCACAUGUACACGGUGGACAAGCAGCACCCGACCGUGAUACAGGUGGGCGCUGCGGGAGCGGCGGGGGAGUUGGCCGCGGCGGAGAUCGAGGCGCGCGCAACGGUGCAGCGCACGCACAGCUCGGGCGGCAAGGACGCGGAGCUGGAGGAGGGCGGGCGGCUGGGCGCGAGCCGGCAGCUGUCGCAGUCGGAGGGCAGCAUCACGGAGGGCGGCGCGCGGGGCCGGCCGCCGCGCCCGCUCGUGCCCGCGCCGCCGCCGCCGCACGCCGCGCCGCACUGCGAGAGCACCGACCUCUAGUCCUCCCCUCCCCCUCCCCCCCCCCCUCCCCUAGUGUUAUACCCACGUCUAGUUAAGCGAAGGUGCAAUCGUCCAAAUCGAGAUGUAGUUGAUCCCGUGCUGAUACACGUAAAAUAAUCGCCGGACGGGCCUUAAAGUUUAUAAGUUACGCGACCGUCGCUCGGUACGAUGGCAAUAUUUAUAUCGUAUGAGACUGAUGCCCUCUACUAUUUUUACACGGAUGGCUUUCAUAAAGACUAAAGUACAGUUAUAUAUUACUUUGCGAAUAAUUUAUUUUUGUAUUGCGAAUCAUUAUUUUAUUAGAUGGAUAGAUGUGAUAAAAUCGUCGAUUACAAUUUGUAUUGCUUUUAUUAAACUAAGAAUUAGGAUUGUAUCGGGACGUAUCGGAGAUUUCUCUAUUGCUAUUGUCAGUCAGCGCUGUAAUAAUAUUCUACGAACAUAUCACACGUCAAUUUAGCUUACGUAUUGGACGAUAUGAUGAUGCAGUUAAUCUUUGUGAUAUUAGAGAUUGGUCCGAGGUCUCGCGGCGGAAGGCGAGCGCACAAACUAUGUUGUAUUAUUAGCAGCCAUAUUUUUAUAUUUUGACUCGACAGUGCAUUAGUUAUAUUGGCCACGCUGCAGUGAAUAUUAUUGUAGGCUAAUAUAUGUUAUGUAGUAUUUACGAAGUUCUUUAUGUGAUAUGCAUUUUAUUAAUAUAUACUGCAAGUAUACAAGCUUCUGUUGUAAGGAAUAAUAAAAUCACAAAAUUUUAA